CGGCGGCUCCGGUGUCCAAGAGCUGGAAGAACCGUUGGGACGACCGGGAUUCGACGGCCAAGUGCGGGACGGACGACCACCACCGCUUCACCCAGUCUUAGCGAGGGCGCGGCGUCGGAGAUACCAGGCGCGGGCGAGCCGUGGGGAACCAGCCUACCAGGUCUUCGCCGGCGAGUCGCCAUCACCGGAGCAGGAGUCGGAGCGCAGAACGUCAACAGCUACCAAUCCUUUGUCUAGGCGUGGGCGCAGCCGGAGCGGAGACCGUCGUGGGAGAAACACGCCUCCGUCUAGGCGUAGCCGUAGCCGGAGCCAGAACCAGAGCGGGGGCAAUUGCAGGGCGACAAGCACUGACAGCAGUCGCGGUGGAAAAGGGCGACGGAGAUCAGGCCACGGUAACACGCAAGUCAUGUAUGAUCGAGGGAGGAAUGACUUCUCCUAACGAACGGGUCUCGAAUAGCCGAAUGGCCUCUGCUAACAUUGAACCCGCCGGAGCCGCCGCCCUAAGGUCGCCCUCCGGAGCACGGUGCGUUGCGACUUCGCCCGCUCCUGCCUCGCUUUCUGGGUCCUCCCCGUCGGAGAAGAGGACCCGUCCGCCUGGUCCACCCCCGCCUGUGCCUGGUGCCCGCUCUUUGCCCCUUCGCCCUGCACCGGCUCCGCCGUUUGAUGACAAGUGCGAGUACGCUUCGGAUGACGUCCUUCUUUUCUGGAAACCUCCGUCUGUGUUCUCGCAAUGGACUCCUUCGGCUUUUGACGUACUGGGGGUACGUUAUUCAUGUGGUGAGCAAUUAAUGAUGUCUGAAAAAGCGAAGUUGUUUGGAUAUUUGACGUCGUAUGACAAAAUUAUGGCUGCAACAGAUCCUAAGACACAAAAGUUCUUGGGUCGAAAUGUGCGUCCUUUCGACUAUGCUGAAUGGGAGCGUCGUCGUGAAGAGACCGUGCUUACGGGGUCGUACGCCAAAUUUGCUCAAACCAUGACAUGA